AUGGAGCUCUCCGAAAUCGAAAAGCCUUCUGUACAAAGCUUGGGAAAUACUCCAGCAGCCAUCCCGGUUAUUCGAAAAGGCAAUUUGGUUCUCGGCGGAUGCUGCAAUUGCGAGACUCGAUCACAAACACCGGCCGAAUUCCGAGCGAUUCACAAGCCCCAACACUCGGAUUUUUGUAUCCCAGUCAGACCCAAGAAUUUAGAGUGGGCUAGACAUACCCUCGUGGAACUGCUGGGAAAAGGGAUACUCAAUGAAGCGGACAGGGCGUGGCAGCUCUAUACACUUGCUGGCCAGCCAUCUGAUUUAAACCCAGAUUUACUUGCCCAGUUCAGCAAAUCAGCAAACAAGACAAAUCAUAGGAGAGCAAAACAUUUGUUCCAUGUGAUUCCUGAGGCGUCACGCUCUGCGGAAGAUUACCUGAAUAUAACAAAAUCCUGUCUCGCUGCUGAGGAAUCAGGAGAGCUGACGGGAAUUUGCCAGGAAGCAGAAGCUCAUGGCCACGGUGUGUCAUGUUGGGCUUUCGCUCUAGUCUACUAUGUAGAGAGAGCUAAAUGGGCUCUUGCUCAAACUUUAUAUGAAACUUUUCGGUCAUGCUCGGACAGCGUGAGGCUGUGGGAGACCAUGCUCCCGCUCCUGAAUCAGUCCUUGGUGCCAGCUUAUCUGCUUGAUUUAUCCGUGCAGCUCCAAACUAAGGCAAGCAUAACGGCCAGCUCAGACGAAACGCAGCCCAAGUUCUUCGAUUUCUUUCUCCAUAGGGCUUUCAAAACCGAAGAAAUCGUGGGGAAUAUGUCAACAGAGGACCUUCUCCAUCUCCUUCAGAACUUCCGGUCCGUAGGGGUCCUUGAAGUCAGCGCGUUGAUUCAUUGCAUCCAUACCCUCCAGAGCUCGAAAACCAGAUCGAAAAUCAUCAGAUCCAUUGUCAUUUAUCGUGAGUUCCGCGGGCUGAUGGAGGCUUCAGAGCUCCAUUCUUUGCUGCUUCGUGAUUUACUCGGAAAACUCUCCCGGUUGGAAAUUACCACCGGUGUCGAGUAUUUUCUCUCCGAAUACUCCCAUUUUUAUUCAAAACCUCCUGUGGAAGCAUUUAGACUUGCUCUAAUUGCCUUCUCUCGGGCUCCUGACCCGCCCGGUGUUACGCGAGUGUUCAAGGAAUAUGUUGCCCAAUACGGACAGCCGCAGUCUUGGAAAUUGCUUACACCCAUCCUUUAUGCCCACGCCAAAAUGGGCAAUGUGACCGAUACUAUGACCGAAUUUGAUAAGUUAUCUAAAGCUUAUGGUCUCACCCCAAAUACACAUUGCUGGAAUAUCCUGCUCACGGCUUUUGCAAAUGCCGGCGAUCUCGCAGGGUGUUUUUCGCGCUUCAAGAUGAUGUCUGAACAAGGGGUGAGAGUUGAUUCUCACACAUUUGGUAUCUUAAUGGGUUUAUGCGCUCGUCGGGGUGAAAUUGACGUGGUACUCAAGUUACUCGAUAUGGCCAAACAGCAACAUGUUAAACUAACAACUCCUAUGCUCGACACAAUCGUGGAAGCUUAUUGCAGAAUUAAGGAUUUCAAAGCGGCAGAGAGCUUUGCGAAGACCUGCCUUGAAAUCGACGUGGAAGGCUCACGGGUGAGGAUGUGGAACGUUUUACUAUGGAAUUACGCAUUUCAAAUGGACCUGAAAUCAAUUUCUAGAGUUCGUUCAACAAUGGAGACCGCGAAAAUACAGCCCGACGAAAUGACUUAUUCGACAUUCAUUCUUAGCUUGGUCCUUCUAAGACAAACUGACUCUGCGCGUCGUAUCCUUAGGGUGCUUCACCGAAGUGGUCGAAUGCAUGCUACAGAGUUUCAUUAUGCGCUUGUCCUGUAUGGCUACAUGAGAGAACGCAAUCGUGAUAUGGUGCACAUUAUAUUUCGUGAGAUUGAAUCCCGGUUUGGCAAAGCAGGUUUAAGCUCUCGUCUUCUUUAUCUGAGAACCGAAGUGCGUCGGGAUUUGGGCCUUAUCCACGAGAAAGGGGGUGAGGUGGAUAGCGCCAAUGCUCGUUUGGGGCAUGCGGAAGAAUUCCUCUCAGAAAUUAUCAAUGAUUUUGACCCUGCAAAACUAGCAAAAAGGCAACCAAAACCGGGUGCGAAAAAUUCUCGAGCUGCCCAGGCUUUGGCUUUUCCUGCGAGUUACUAUGAGUCUCUCAUGAAGGAAUAUGCGAAGAAUGGUGCACUAGAAAUGGUUAAGCAGCUAUUCGACGCAUACGCAAAGCUUCAAGGAUUGUCGUUUGAAAAUGCCCUCGAAGCUGCUCCACUCAACCUUCUUACGCCUUUAGCGCGCGCAUAUUUAAAGACAGAGCAACACAAACAAGUGGAUGAGUGUUGGGAGAUUUACUUUCGCCGUGCUCAAGAGAUAGGCAAGCCUAUUAAUGAGAGUGGGUGGAAUCAUUUAUUUCCGCAUCCGCCAGACGCCCCCGAACAACCACAUUGCACCGUACAAAGCUCUGGAAGGAAAAAUGAUGAUGGCCUACUCAUAAAAUCGGAGCCGCACACAACCUCAUUCGCCUCCGAAAGACCUCGAAUACUUCCCACAUUCCGUUUCUCACUUUCUCGGAUAUUGUCUGUGUGCAUGCAAUCGCUUGCAUACCGAAAUAGACUGGCCCAAAUAGAUCGACUGUUGACAGAAGUUGAGAGUAAUGGGUUCGCUCUGACAACUUUUAAUUGGUCUACAUACGUGCAGCUGUUUGCUUCCUCCGAUAAGCCGUCGUAUACGCUUAAAGCCUUCGCAAUUUUCGAGGAAAAGUUCAUGCCAGCAUUCCCAGGAUGGAAGUAUUUCCGGAGGUCACAGGGUAUUAAACACUCCGAUGCAUCCUCUGCGUUUGAUAUAGUCGAGAAACGUGGCAUGCGAAAACAAGGCAGCAUGUUGGGCCCGAGGGGUAAGAAAUACUGGAGCGAAAUGAAUCCAGAUUUCAUGCAGCCAACCUACCCUACGCUUGUGCACCUUGCCGCUGCUCUACUUCGGGUCCGUGGGAGAAGCAUCGAAGACGGGAAUGCCCAACUUGUUUCACUCUACAAAACUGCCCCCAAAACAAUUGCUGCCAUAGCUGAAAUGCCGCGCAUGCGGGACAAGUUCCAGGGUGUUCUGCUAAGACGUUACCCGCUGCAACCUGACCCAGUACGUCCAGAAAAGGAGCAGUUCGUGUGGACGGGCGGGAUCCUGGGUGUUGGUGGACGCCGCAGGAUGCCACAGAGUGCAGAGUCUCGCGAAGAACCACUAUCAAAAUUAUCAGAUGAAUUGUCCUCGCAAGCUAUCGACAAUGAUAAUUCGUCUCGUUCUGAAGGCGCCAGGGUAGCUGCAUUGCCAUCGAGUUUAGAUACUGGAAGUGCAAACCCUCACAACUCUGCAGACCCUCAUUCGUCACAUUGGUCAACCUUGACCUAUGAGGAUAAAUUCGAUCUUGAAGCCGAUACGCUACUGUCGACAAGGCGUAGGCUACUAGGAAACGACGAUGAAUUGAUGGAUGAUGAUUCUGUGGACGACGAACUGUUGGAAGAUGAAGAUCUCAUAUCUGCGGAACAAGAAGACGAAUCUCAAGUGUCGCAGGGGCCUAGCGCUCCCGUACUCUCCGACUUAUUGGUCCGAUUACUUGUCAAAUUUUCCUCGUUUUUACCCUACCGUCGGUGGAAUAACCCUUCAUCAUGGACGGAGCGCAACUCCGUGAUGAGGCCGCUCAAGAUCGAGUGCGAGCGGCCACUGAAUUUCUUGAUCCAAGUAAGCACCAGAAAUAUCUUUUCGGAUCGCAUUGUCAGUAUCGAUGAAGUUCGAGCCCAUAAUCGUGAAAUGGCGGAAGGUCUUCUUACGUCUCCAUUUGACUGGUCGGAAUCAUUCGACAGAGCCCUCAAGGAUAUUAUUAAGACGCUAGGCCGCCCACCGAGUGAAUCUGCAGACGAUGUGAACUAUUACUGUGCUUAUAUAGGAGCUUUCGGAGAAUUCUCGUGUAACCCAAGAACACUCGGAUCCACACACCUGAAUCGGAUGGUUUCCCUGGAAGGCAUUGUCACAAAAUGCUCCUUGGUUCGUCCGAAAAUCAUCCAGAGUGUGCAUUAUAAUGAGAGCAAAGAUAGAUUUGUUGCGAGGAGAUACAGGGAUCAGACUAUGACAGCCAGCGGCGUUACAAAUAUGAACGUUUAUCCACAAGAGGAUGAUGAGAAGAAUCCGCUUAUUACGGAGUACGGAUAUUCUACAUAUAUGGACCAUCAAACUAUAUCCAUCCAAGAAAUGCCCGAACGCGCCCCAGCUGGCCAGCUUCCCCGAAGCGUCGACGUCAUCGUGGACGACGAUUUGGUUGAUCGAGCGAAGCCCGGAGACAGAAUUCAGCUGGUGGGAAUCUACCGUUCCUUAGGAAACCGAAACGCGAGUUCUGGGUCUUCUACCUUCCGCACGCUCGUCAUGGCAAAUAACAUCAUUCAGCUAUCUUCAAAAUCCGGUGGAGGAAUUGCGCAAGCAACUAUCACGGACACUGAUAUUCGGAAUAUCAACAAGAUCUCCAAGAAGAAGCACGUUUUUGAAUUGCUAUCCAACUCCCUCGCCCCUAGCAUUUAUGGUCAUGAUUAUAUCAAAAAGGCUAUUUUACUCAUGCUUUUGGGUGGCAUGGAAAAGAAUCUUGAUAACGGCACACAUUUGCGUGGUGACAUCAACAUUCUGAUGGUUGGAGACCCUUCAACGGCAAAAUCUCAAAUGCUCCGGUUUGUUCUAAAUACUGCCCCUCUCGCGAUAGCUACGACUGGUCGCGGUUCUUCUGGUGUUGGUCUCACUGCUGCCGUGACUUCCGACAAGGAGACAGGAGAGCGAAGGCUUGAGGCCGGUGCCAUGGUGCUGGGUGAUAGGGGCGUGGUUUGCAUUGACGAGUUCGAUAAAAUGAGUGACGUCGAUCGUGUGGCUAUUCACGAAGUCAUGGAGCAACAAACGGUCACCAUUGCUAAAGCAGGUAUCCACACCAGCCUGAACGCUCGCUGCAGUGUUUUGGCUGCUGCGAACCCCAUUUAUGGUCAAUAUGACCCUCACAAAGACCCCCACAAGAACAUUGCUUUACCCGAUUCUCUUUUGUCACGUUUCGAUUUGUUGUUCGUCGUGACAGAUGAUAUCGAAGAUGCUAGAGACAGAAUGGUUUCAGAGCACGUUUUACGUAUGCACCGCUAUCGCCAGCCGGGUACUGAAGAAGGCGCCCCCGUGCGGGAGCAGCUCAACCAGACUCUAGGUGUGGGUAUCGAUGACACUGAGGACACCAACCAGCCCACUGAAGUUUACGAGAAAUUCAACUCCAUGCUGCAUGUUGGAAUCGCCAUGGCAAACCGAGGUCGGAAGAAGGACGUUGAGAUCCUGAGCAUCCCAUUUAUCAAGAAAUACAUUCAAUACGCGAAGUCAAGAGUCAAACCAGUCCUAACGAAAGGUGCUGCUGAUCACAUCGUUGAAACCUAUUCUGCGCUGCGGAACGACGAGCUGUCGGCAAACCAACGACGAACAUCUCCGAUUACUGCCCGUACCCUUGAGACUCUGAUCCGUCUGUCAACCGCGCAUGCGAAAUCACGUCUGUCUAGCCGAGUUGAGGAGAAAGAUGCCAGGGUAGCAGAAUCUAUCUUGCGAUUUGCUAUGUUCAAAGAAAUUGUCGAAGAUGGACGCCGUAAGAGAAGAAAGGUCACCACCUUCGAUGAGGAUUCUGAAACGAGUGAUUCUGAUUCGGAUGACGACGAAGAUGAUCGUACACCUACAAACACUUCAUCCGCCACCCCUCGCUCUACCAGGAGGAACCUGCGAGCACGCGCAGCACAAGCUCGCGCUGAGGAAAAUGAUGACGUCGAAAUGGGCGCAGAAGGUGAUGAUGUAUCCGUCGAUGGCGACGGCCUGUACAGCUCAAGCCCCCAGGGGCAGCGGAUACAAUCGAGCCAGUCUCGUAUGUCCGUCGCAUCGUCCCGGCCCGCCUCUCAGCUUGUCGAAUCCCAAACCGACACCUCACAAUCACAAAAUGCAUCUAGCGCCUCUGCGGCAUCUCAGACCAUUCAGCCUGCGCGCUUGACAGUCUUCCGUCAAGCACUCGGUCCCUUGAUGGGAACCAAACUCUUCACCUCAGGAGACACAGCUGAUGUCGAGGAACUCAUCGGCGCCGUCAACACAGCAGUGCGCACGUCGCGCUCUCUAGGGGAAUCGCAAGUUUUCCAACGGCCAGAGGCAAUCCAGGCUUUGACGGCCAUGAAUGAGAGAAACGAAUUGAUGUACCUUGAAGACGACGAAACCGUGUAUCGGAUUUAG